GUUGUCCACACAUUUUUUCGUCGGUUUGUGGGUUACCUGCUUCAACAGUGCUUGAACGGCAACCCAAUUACCGCCUCUUAACUCGUCUAAUUAUAAUUUACCUUGUUAUACUUAUCGCUGCGUGCAUCGUCUUCAAAUAACUUUAGUGUUGAACAGCGACUCGCGUUUUAAGUGUGUAACGUUAGCGAAGCUAAAUAAAAGUUAGCACUACCUGGCACAAACGACCAUUUUGUCUUGUCCAUUUCGUCUGUCUUUUUGAAGGGCAUUAACAAGAAACAUGAGUUCCCAGGUGAGGCAGAACUUCCACCAGGACUGUGAGGCCGCCAUCAACCGGCAGAUCAACCUGGAGCUGUAUGCUUCCUACGUCUACCUGUCCAUGGCCUAUUACUUUGACCGGGAUGACCAGGCCCUUCCCAACUUCGCCAAGUUCUUCCGGAAGCAGUCGCACGAGGAGCGCGAGCACGCCGAGAAGCUGAUGGGCCUGCAGAACAAGAGGGGCGGCAGGAUCUUCCUGCAGGACAUCAGUAAGCCAGAGAGGGAUGAGUGGGGCAGUGGUGUUGAGGCUCUGGAGGGCGCCCUGCAGCUGGAGAAGAGUGUGAACCAGUCCCUGCUGGAGCUGCAUAAGGUCUCCUCUGAACACAACGACCCCCAUAUGUGCGACUUCAUCGAGACGCACUACCUGGACGAGCAGGUGCGCUCCAUCAAGGAGCUGGCGGACUGGGUGACCAACCUGCGGCGCAUGGGCGCCCCCCAGAACGGCAUGGCGGAGUACCUGUUCGACAAGCACACGCUGGGCGCUGACAGCAGCUAAACCCCCCCCUGCCCCCCACCCCGCUAUUUAUCCAUCCGCUAUGAGUGUGUGUCAGUAAUCACCCCUCAGUUACCUGCCGCAGACCCGCUCUGUACACACACCUUCUCGCAGUGUAACCACCCCUGAGUCACUGGGGUUUUCUGUCCUAGUGCGUGUCGCUCCCUGCAUCCCCCUCUGCUCCUGUAUUUUAGUACGGAAAUAUACUCUUAACAAUAAACUGAACCCUCUGGAUUCUCAA